UCUAAUGGUAACGACAUUUACUCCUGAAACAGCAACAGGAACGACUCUCACACUAAAUCCAUUGCUCCAGGUUGACUGGUGACGGCACGAAGGACAGGGUCUUCUUCAUAUUGACUAGAGUUGGAACUUCAGAGGUGGUGUCCUAAACCGCAGAAUGGCAGCACAGCAGGGAGCUUCAACUAUGGCAAACAAGGGUCCAUCUUAUGGGAUGAGCCGCCAAGUGCAGGAUAAGAUUGAGCAGAAGUAUGACACUGAACUGGAGGCGCGUUUGGUGGAGUGGAUCAUGGCCCAGUGUGGGCCUGCGGUGGGAAAGCCAGAGGCCGGGAAACUGGGCUUCCAGACCUGGCUCAAAGAUGGAUGUGUUUUGUGUGAGCUCAUCAAUAGUCUGUGUAAGGAAAAGCCCGUAAAGAAGAUCCAGAGCUCCAGUAUGGCUUUCAAACAGAUGGAGCAGGUGUCACAGUUCCUUAACGCUGCGGAGCGAUACGGCGUCGUCAAAACCGACAUGUUUCAGACGGUAGAUCUGUGGGAGGGAAAGGACUUGGCCGCAGUGCAGAGGACACUAAUGGCUCUGGGCAGCAUCGCGGUGACAAAAGAUGACGGCGCCUUCAAUGGAGAUCCCAACUGGUUCUUCAAGAAAGCGCAGGAGAACCGGAGAGAUUUCUCUGACAACCAGAUUAAAGAGGGGAAAAAUGUCAUCGGUCUGCAGAUGGGGUCCAAUAAAGGCGCGUCCCAGGCUGGCAUGACAGGCUACGGUCGACCUCGACAGAUCAUGAACCCAUGAGCCAAACGUUCCUCCCUCGGUUCCCUGACCAUCACCCCAUCCUAAUCAUUUGACUCCAAAUGUUUCAUUCAGAGUUUGACCAGAAUGACAGAGUAAUAAAUAUAAUACAAAAUAACAAGUUUCCAUGUUUGUAGUCAAUCCCUAUUUUUGUUCGGUCGAAUUGCAACAAUCUUUAUUGAACAGUGUUCACUAUCACCGAUUGACCGAUUGUGCCAUCUAACAUUUCAAAUAUGCAAGUUGACAUACAAUCAAAUCAAACCCCAUUUACUUUCUUUAAAGGGGUGAUGAACUGAGAAAUCAAAUUUUCCUUGAGCUUUUGACAUCUAAGAGGUCAUCAUAUUAUAAGAAUAUCCUGUAAGUUUCAGAACUGAAAAUGUCCUUGUUAUUCCAAUAAAAGCUUUUAUUGACAC